AGGGUCAUCAGAGUCCUCGUCUCGUCUAGACCGAUUUUUCUGGUUUGAUUUUUUCCAAUACCAACAAUCCAUGCGAAAAUGAAAAUCAUUGCGCACCAUCUAUGUAUAAUUUGUUUAUAUUUUUUUCAAGGUGGUCUCGUGUUGAGUUGUAAGUAUGCUUUUUAGUUGUAGCGCCUCUCUUCUCCCGUUAUAAAUAUACGUCGACGAGGAUGUGUCUAGGACUUCUAAGUCGUCUAGGACUUCUUUCUCUUUGUUGUAUUUCUAUUUUUCAAGAAUAGUGAUUCUUCUAUUUGGAAAAAUAGGUUAAUACAAUUUUAAUUUUUUUUGAAAAUGGUAGAUUCUCCUGGAGCAAGAAGUUCGGAGCACCAGGAUGUGCAUGCUGGGGAAGAAUUUCGGCUCUUGCAUUGUGAUUACUUGCUCGUCGGAGCCGGCGCAAUGGGCAUGGCAUUCGUAGAUGAAAUGGUGACACUUACGGCUUGUAACAACCUAAGAACAGACCUGCUUCUGAAGAAGAUGCAUCUCAGACCACCUGCGAUAACAGGUGGGGACGACGAAAUAGAUACUUCUUACGUCCUCCAAAAAGGAAAUACGUAAGAAGUAUCUAUUUUUUCGUCAAAUCAUGUAAAUCAAAAUCCCAAAAUUGCUCCAAGUUUUUAAACUUAAAUCUACAGUAGAUGAUGAAUCAAUAUCAAAAAAAGUAGGAUCAACAGUAGAUGAUGAAUCAAUAUCAAAAUUAACAGGUUGCCAUCCUUGGCCCAUUUUUCAAGGAGAAAAUGGGACCAGGGAGGUUCUCGGGGAUGUGAGCGCGGUAGCUCUAUCAAAAAAAGCUUGAUCCGAUCAUGUGAGCUCUAAGACACUGUGGGAACAGGAAGAUCCUCCACGGACCUCUAGCAACAGGAGCUGCAACAUCAUAGUGGUCGACACUUUACCAGAGGCCGGAGGGCAUUGGUUGUCGACAGACUAUCGUCGGCCUUUAUUUUUUAGUUAAGAACAGGAGUUAGUUUAUACUUAAGAACGAGGACCUACAAUGUACAUCUAGCCCCUUCAUUGAAUGGUUCUCGUAUCUGGUAACCUGAAUUUGAUCACAAGGAUUCUCUUCGUGUUUUCCUUACGAUCAAAAUCAGGCUACCAAAUACCGGAGCCAUUCCUUCACCAUUAUUAUUUAUUAUUUGCAGUUAAGAACAUGACUUGUUGUUGUUCGUUCCCUUAUAGUUAUAAGAUCCCUUACCCUUGUUCGUUCUGAUUGUAGUUCUAAGAUGACACUGUGAAUUGUAAUUCUCCUCAGUCCCGUGUUAUUUCGGCGCGUGGCUGCGGUGGGGGCCCCAUGAAUGAGUGAGUCCCUUCUUAUAAUUAAGGCUCAGCUUUCAAUGGUCAUUGGGGUUGGUCACUGAGAUCGAAGAGGCGACCCCUUGAGACAACAGGGGAAAACGAAGGGAAAGAAGGGGGUCUCUUCCGUUCAGCAUCAGUGGCCAUUGAGUCCUGAGCUUUAAUAUAAUCCAUCUUGUUCUGAAGCAUCCUGUGUGUCUGAAGUGAAGCAUCCUGAACAAGUUCUUCCAUAUGAGUACUUAAUGUUGGAUUAGAGCGCUAAUUUAUGCAGCAGCUACAUCAGCCAUCCUGUUUGUAUGGUGUGAAUUCGAGACGGUUGGAGCCAACUUCUGUUAAGGCUUCCACGAAUUCAUCUUCAGAAGCAUCUCUGACGCAGUUUCUUUGAAGGGGGAAGAUUUAGUUCGCAGUUGUAGUUUCAAAGAAGAUGCACUUCUUUGUUUGAUAUAUACUCGAAAACUGAAAAUGACCGAAUUACUCACUGACUGAAAUAAGGGCGGUAGCUUUGAGAGGGCUACUUCUCUUCCUUGUUCAGUAUCUGACUUAUGUUUCGUAGCGACUCGCUUAUUUCAGUUUUUCGAAUAUAAAUUAUUCUACUAGUUUUAAAAAAAUAUGAUUAUUCUACAUAUAGAGGAAAUGAGGUCUAAAUCUGAAGGCGGAUCUUGGCUAGAGAGGACGCGACAUCGAGCAACUCAGGAGGAAGUUUGCGCGUACUACAAAAAAGUACGGAAAAGCUUGGAAAAAAAAAGUGGAGGAAAAGUAAAAUUCUUAUUCGAGACUUGGUAUGCGGGAAGAGUAGUUGGGAAUCAAGUUGAGGCUCAACAUCAUCGAUUGCCAGGAUCUGGUUUAAGAAGACUCAAAAAUAUGUUUCAUUUCUACAAGAAGUCAUUUCUCCCUAGUUCCUUCUACUUCUUAGGAUUUUUGGGAGAAAUGUAGGCAAGAAAUGAAUUGUUUUGAGCUCUAACAUCAAGAAGAACUGCUUCCAACACUGCUCUAAAAGAAUCUUCAGAGGACAAAGCUCCAAAAGAAUCUUCAGAGGACGGUGAAUUACAUGAGGUUCAUUUCAUGGGAGGAGGUCGUGGUGACUCUAAACGUCCUCGCGAAAAGUCCUCGCGGAUUCUAAUCAGAGUUCGGAAACGACUGGUCGAUGCAACAGUGUAUUCCAGUAGUCUGUAUGAUGCAACGGCCUCAAUUAUGCCGAAGAGCUACAAGGAGCCCUCAACAAUGCCGAAGAGCAUACCUGCUCCUUCGAUGGAGGCAGCAAUUAUUACGCCGAAGCUCAAACUCAAUUACCAUCUCGACGCAGAUAGCGCUUGCUUUAAGGUGAUCCCGGUUAAUGAGCUACCAAACUAUGCCGUUGGGGGAGGACGUGCAGCUGGUCGAAGAAGUUCUAAGCUGCGUAGUAGUUCUAGUACUGCUCAUCUGGAUGCUAGAAGUACUAUUCUGGAUGAAUUAUGAACAAACGGACACGUCGCUUGUGGAGGAGGGCAAAAUUUAGGGAAAAUUAGGGAAAAUGAUUAUGGCUCCAUAAUUUUCCCUAUAAUUUUCCCUAUGUGGGAGGUUUAUGCGUGUCCGUUUGUUUCUAAAUGAAACUGAAACAGGCUCGGCGAAUCGAGCCGCGAUGAUCUUUACCAGAACGAUGGCAACUCAAAUCAUAGAUGAGACUGAAGAGAGUCGAGUAUCAGAACAAGAAGACACAAAGCUCAGAUACCUAAUCGUUGGUGGCGGCAGACCUGCGAUCGAUGCCAUCCUUUACCUUGUCAGAGAGUGCCGUGUGUCGGCUACCAAGUCAAUUAUAUGGAUCAUUCCUAGGGAUUUUUGGAUGACGAACCGCGGGCACCUCGAAAUGUUGGCUUCUGUGGAUGCAACGAAGCUGUCGGCACACAAAAGACUCCUGCUGAAGGCAGACGCACAGAGGAACUUCUAUAGGAGAAAUUCUAGGAAGUUUUUCAAAAUUUUCGAACAAAGUGGACGCGGUGGACACGACGAUCAAGGUCAUGACGAAUCAGAGGUCGCAACAGACAAAGAGAAAGAUAUAAUUAAAGAUAAAGAAAUAAAUGAGUCAUUUCCUACAAGAACUUCGUCAACGUCAACAAGAACUGGGUCUGCUGCAACAGCAAGAACUAGAGGUAGUAGCUGUACAACAACUGCAGCACAAGAACCUCGAAGAUUCACUUCUUCUUCAUCGCCCACAAUUUCAUCUCCCACAACGACAACUUCUACUACUUCACUGCCCUCAAGAACUGCCUAUGCGGCCUCGAGGCCAACGACUCGAAAAUCCUCCUCUUCUCUUUUUUCCUCGUCAAUCGCGGAACGCCUCCAGCACCAGAUUUUGGACAUCGAUCAACUUCCGAAUAACAACAAUAUCUUAGUUAAGAAGUAGACUUUACUGAUUUUGAUUUUUACCAAGUUUUCUGCCUUAAUAAUAUUGUUGAAGUUAUCAAUUAUGUUACCUCGUCAAGUACUAGUGCAUAAUAUUACAACUGAUAUUUUAGCUAAGGAGCAUUACUACUUAUCGCCUGCUCUCUAACUUACCCUAUCCGCCUCUGUCUUCGGAAGAAGAAUUUCGAGUAGGGUGGCAAAACGCGGGACAUUUAGCCCUAGAGACUGAAGGCUGUGAACUGCGAUUGUCGGAGAAAGUGCUGCCUAUGUGUCACCACGAAGCGCAGCAUGAACAAGGGGUAGUCAGUGAAGAGGAAUUUUAAGGCCUGUUACACUAGAUAAUCCAUCUUGAUGUUUUUUUUUAGAAGCAUCUUGAGUAGUCUGUCGACGUUUUUCCUUUGCGUGGUCGGUAUGGGCCGCCCUGACGGUGGGGCCUUGACUUCCCCUCUCGCCACUCCUGCGCCUCCUGCUUGUGUAGGUUGAUGUCGUUGAUUCGUCGGUCUGGUUUGUCGAGAUGAAGCACUACUAGUUAUAAUACAUCUUUUAGUCUUAGUACUUCAUCUAAUAAAAAAUAAUCCGUCUUGUUCCACUAAAAAGAUAAUCCAACAUCAUCUUGUCCCUGAAGGAAUACUAACUAAGAGGGUUGCAUGAAGGAUCCUGAAGACAGUCUCACUGUGAGACUCUCACACUCACUCGCAGGAUGAUUCUCUUCAAGAUGGAUUAUCCUUGGGGUAAGAAGCUCUAAGAAUUGCAUAUAUGUCGCCAAGUAAAGAAUGUCAUUCGGGGAUACGGCAGAUUGACGGCGAUAGACGAGCAAGAAAGGCGAUUCGACCUAGGUGGACGGCGAGAAAGAACGUGUCGAUUGAAGUUUGAGUCAGGUCACAACGUCGACUUGCCUCUACUAAAAGUGACAAGACAAGUUGUAGGAGAUAAAAAUACGGUUGUUGACCACGAGCAGACUCAGAAUCGUGUGGUGGUGGAGAAGUUACUGGUUGUAGACUGCACAGGAGGAGCUGGAGAAAGACAAAGAGACGGAACGGAUCGCGCACAAGAACAGCAAGUUCUUGAAGUGGUGGAAAAAAGCCAAGAACAAGAUUAUUUGAAGAUCUGGCAUUCUUCGAGCAGGAGCACCAGUUGUACGUCGCUCAAGGGACAAGCUGAAGAUCCACAUAGGAGUUGUACUGAUGCAGCACGUGUCGCUAGAAAAGAUAAAGAUGAAGCUGGAGGAGCAGGAACAUCUUCAACCUCGUCCUCGUCGACGACAACCGCGUCUUCCAGUUGUCCAGUAUUAAGGGUUACCGAAUUGCAUCCUUCGCUACCAUUCUUGACUUAUUUUCCAAUAGGAAAGAAGUCAAGGAUGAUCUGAAGAAUGUAAUUGCGCAACCCCUAACAGUAUCAAGAAAGAGCAGGAACAUGAUCUCUCUUCGAAAAGUAUGCUUCAACUUCUACUGUUUUUCUCCUGCGCUGAUUGCGUUUGUCGAGUCCCUGUCGGAGGAAGUACUACUAAGGGCCUUCCUGAAAAUGGAAACGGACGAAAGACAAGGCAACAAGAUUUUCCUCCGACCCUGGACUGCGAACGAGCUAGAAUUAUGCAUGAACAUGAUCUUUUUUUGGGAGUUGUUAUGCAUCUUCUUCUUCAGAAGCAUCUUGCUUGGGGCACCCCUUUAUACCUUUAUACCCCUUUUUUCUCUAUCCUUUACCUAAGUACUAUCCUGCCUUUUUCUUUUCCUAGUUAGUUUGGCUCCACCCAUAUUUUAUACCCCUUGUUUUUUACAUAAAAAUAAUGACAUAUUAUGGGAAUAUGGUUUCUUUUUGAGAGCAAGAUCAAGCCUUAACUAGAUCUCCAAGAACUUGUAGUUGUCCUCUACCUGUAUUUUUAUACCACUUUCUAAUGGAACUGGAAGCGACGUUGCGAGAUGAAGCAAGAGAGCUGUUUGUGCAACUUUGGGGACCGAGUCCUGGGGUUGGGUCUCCUUCUGGAGCUGGAUCUCUUUCUGGAGUUGGAUCUCCUUCCGCUCGUCCCGCUGCUCAUCCUGCUCGGGGUUCUGCGCCAUCGCCAUCUGGCAGAAGCUCACAUGCUGAGAGAACAGAUGUUUCAAAUAGUAAUACUAGAAGAACAUCAAGGAGUCGUGCUCAGGAGAAGAAAGGAGAAGAAGAACGUAACACAAGUCUCGGAAAAAUGUGGUGUAGUACUUCCAGCACUUCCACCAGCUCCGGACCCGGUCUCCGUCCUACUUCAUCUACUUCCACCCUCACUCACGAUGAAAAGAAAGCUUUGUUUUUCGACACUAUACGCAACUUGCUGUUACCAGCCUGCUUGUUCGAUCAGCCAGAAAGAAGAACAGAACAAACAAGAACUGGAAAAACUACGACUGCUGGGUUAGGGUUUCAACUACAUGAUUCUCAAAUUAAUUCUUUCCGCGACAAUCUAAGACCGAUGCCAGAACGAGAAGCCUCUUACGUGGUUUUCCGAAUCCACGCGAACUUGUACCAUUAUCUGGAACAAAGAGGUGGACAAAGAACUAGUUGUACUAAUGUUCAGAUGAGAACAAGAAGUUCCAAGAACUUCUCAUCCUUGUUAUCCUCUCCAAAUGGAAGAUUAUCUAAGAGUCCUCUUGGCGGGAGUACGAGUACUUCUCCAAGAAUUAUUAGUUGUGGCUCAACUGCUGGCGAUAGACGAGGUGAAUCAAAACAAAGCAUAUCAUGUAGUUGUGCCUCACGUCGUGGUGGGCCGUCGAUAGAUAUAAACGAGUUUUUGGACUUUGUUAAUGUUGAAGAGGAUGUUCGUGGAACUACGCCAAGAAGGUGGACAAGUGGCGCGGAUGCAACUGAAAAUCUGGACCAUUCUGCAAGGCACGAAGAUGCAGUAGUUCUAAGCAAACAGAGUAGAAUAAGCGAAACUAGUACGAAGAGGAUAGGGAAGGUACCAGAACUUGCACCAGGAGCUUCCUCCAAACGACCAGCUGCACCAAUAGCCAAGAAUGUCCACUCGGCGCCAGCACAAGAAAGCGUGAAUUAUUUUCACGAUUGGGUAAGCACUAAACGACUGAAUGUCUUAUCCCACUUGACCUUAAGGCAGCUCCAUCCCCUAAUCCACCUCCAGUCAGAAACUUUUCAGCAUGAAAAGGGAUCUACUUAGGAUGCAUUUCGAGUAGAUGGAUUAGGCUUAGCAGGGUGUUGAGCUCUAAUACCCCUGUCCGCCAGUGUCAUGAGUGGCAUCACGAACGUUCUAGCCGCAGAGGAUGAAGAACAAGGCUUCUUGUCGUCUCUAGUCUUGUCGGUGUAUUCCCCAGUGUUAAGGCUACCGCUGGAGCAUCCUCAACACCAUCCUUAGCCCUUUUUUCAGGGGGAAAAAGGGCCGAGGGAGGCUCUCAGGGAUGCACGUCGGUACCUCUAACAGUGGUGCAUACGUUGGUGGAAGGCGCGAUGUCAGUGGAACGGAUCGAAGAAAAGCUUUUACAUCCCUUUCUCAAAGCCUACUGCGAGAAAAUACAUGCAACACUGAGGGACCACAACUCGUCCUUAGCGUCAAUCAGUAGAAUAAAGUCGUCCGCGGCCUGUAGUAGUUCUUCCAAUGUUGGAGAUGUUUCAACUACAACAUUGAUUUGAUGUACAGAAUAAAGUCCGCGGCCUGUAGUUCUUGCAAUGGAGAUGAUCAACGAAGUUUCAUCUUGCCCAAGAAGACGUAGAGGACGUGGUAGACGAACAUGAGCAAGUGAAUACUAGAUCUAGAGAAACUACGACUACAACAUUGAUUUGAUGUACAGACGAACCUAGUCUUGGCAGUGGUACUCCUGCUGUUGUGCCUUCGAUCAUAUGCACAAUCAGUGCAUGUGCAUCAAGCAGGUGAAUGAGAAAAAUGCUGAAUGUUGACCACAACACUGUUUUUACGCAAACUAAAUACUUACGAGUCAUUUCCUGAUGAAUGGUUACUCCUCCUACUCCUUCCAUAAUCUGUAUGAUCCAAGCUUCGA